AUGGCUCUGAAAUCCGUAUCUCUGCUUGGACUUCUCCGUGGAACUCCAGCCUCUCAGGUGCCCAAUGAAGACUUCCAUCACAGGAAAGCCCCCAUGUCCAGGACUGCAGCUAGUCCCCAGAACCUGUCAGGCCUCCUGCACAAGCAGCCUGAGAUCUGCUCUCCCAUCCCCACUGGCUUUGAGGACAUCUACAAAUGCCCCUUCAGAAAUCUCUUCACCCGGAGACUCCCUCAGGAACUCAGCCCCUUUUGUGUUACACACGCAAUCCCGCUGCAAAACCUGCCUAAAAACACCCGGCCUCCCAGCGUGCUGCUGCAGAAGGCCCCCCCCACCCCCGCCAGGCCCGCAGCCCCGCGGCUGGCGUGCACGGUAACCGGGGCCGCCUUCACACCCGGGUUUUCCCAAGCCGAGCAGCAACCCGCCCAGAAGCUCAGGGGGAAAGUCAGAAUAGCCAACGUCAGGUAUUCCGAAUCCUUCCGCAACGCCAGCAGCAAGGAAUCCCAGGAUUUCCUAGAGCUAUUCUUCAGGAUGGUGCGCGAGUCCCUGUCACCCACCAUGCGCCAGCACCUGGACGCGGGCGGGGUGCGCGUGGAAGUGACCCGCAUCGCCAAUGGCAGUGUCGUGGUGGAGUUCAGCCUGCUGAUCGUCGCGGACUUGGAGGUCCAGGCGGUGUCUGCCGCGUUCCUCGCCGCCUUUCAGAACGCCUCUCUGCUGGAGGUGGACAGAGGGGACACCUUCAUCGGGGAUUUCGAUGAGUGUGAGAGCAGGGAGGACGACUGCGAACCUGGCACAGUCUGUCGCAACACUCUCGGGUCUUUCACCUGCAGCUGUGUGGGAGCUGCCCCCGACUUCCCUGUAGAAUAUUCUGGAAGACCCUGUGAAGGUGACUCUUCUGGAAACACAACCCAGGCCCCCGGGUCUUCUGUGGGCCCCGGCCCAGAGCAGCCCCCCACCCCCGCAGAAACCAGGGCGGCCUCCGUGCAAGGGGCCAGCCCGGCGCCCCAGGACCCACCCCCGCGGCUGAACCUGACGGGAGCGGUCAGGGUGCUCUGCGAGAUCGAGAAGGUGGCCAUCGCCGUCGAGAGGCGCUUCCUGCGGCAGGAGUCCAUCCCCGAGUCCUCCCUGUACCUGGGGCACCCGUCCUGCAACGUGAGUGACAGCAACAGCACACACGUGUUCCUGGUGGCCGCGUGGAGCGAGUGCGGCACCCUCGUGCAAAGCAACAUGACGAACACGGUGGUGAGGACCACGCUGAGGAACGACCUGUCCCCCGAGGGCAUCAUCCACCACCUGAAGAUCCUGAGCCCCAUCCGCUGUGCCUUCCGCAACGAUCUCCUGACGUCAUCGGGCUACACCCCGGAGUGGGGGGUUUACACCAUCAUUGAGGACCUCCAUGGCGCUGGAAAUUUUGUCACAGAAAUGCAGUUGUUUAUUGGGGACUCUCCUAUACCUCGGAAUUACAGCGUGUCUGCCAGCGACGACAUCAAGAUCGAAGUGGGGCUCUAUAAACAGAAAAGCAACCUCAAGGUGGUCCUGACCGAGUGCUGGGCAACGCCGUCCAGUAACGCCAGGGACCCGGUCAUGUUUGGCUUCAUCAACAACAGCUGCCCCAUCCCCAACACACAUACCAACGUGAUUGAGAAUGGGGACUCCAACAAGGCCCAAUUUAAGCUGAAAAUUUUUUCCUUCAUCAACAACUCCAUAGUCUACCUGCACUGCAAACUCCGCAUCUGCAUGGAGACCCCCGGAGCCACGUGCAAAAUCAAUUGCAAUGACUUUCGGUCGCUGAGAAGUGGUGAACCAUCGGAAACACACCAGAUGUCCUGGGGACCCCUCAUUCGGUCUGACGGUGAGUCUCCAGAGGUGAAGCCGGGCCUGGGACCCGGCUACAUCGUCCUCAUCGUGGUGGCCGUCUUUGCCGUGGUGACAGGGGUAGCUGCCCUUCUCAUUGUGCGCUACCAGAGAGUGACCGGGAAGUACAACUUCAAAACGCAGCCAGACAACUUCAGCUACCAGGUGUUCCAGGACUAGAGUCCUGGCUGCGCUGAAGGUCGCCAAGAAUCAAGCGGUUCUUCAUUCAUCAAACAUUGAGGGACGCCUACUCUGUCCCACACUUGGAUGAGCCCCAGAGAUGAUGAAAACAUAACCUCUGCCCGCCCCCAGGAGGCCUGUAGGUUCCAGACAAGCAGGCCGGUGAGAGGAGCUGAUGGAGAAGUGGGCAUGGUGUCGGCGAUGCCCGGAGCUCAGG